AUGACAGAGAUCGUCCUCAACCAGAAAACCUCUCCAGCGUCCUCUGGCCGCUGCCACGUGGCGCUGGGCAUGGAGGAGGGCCGCAUCCCGGACUCCGCGGUCUCCGCCAGCUCCUCCUAUGAGCCAAAGUCCGUGGGGCCGCAGAACGCCAGGAUCCGUCAGGAGAAGAACGGCGGCGCGUGGUGCCCGAAGGCGCAGAUCAGCAGCGAGGUGCAGGAGUUCCUCGAGGUGGACCUGGGCCGGCCGCACCUCAUCACCGCCACCGAGACGCAGGGCCGCUUCGGCAACGGCCAGGGACAGGAGUACGCCGAGUCCUUCCACCUGCUCUACUGGAGGGACGCGCUGCAGCGCUGGGCCGUCUACAAGGACGCGCAGGGCCGCAAGGUGCUGGCGGGCAACCGCAACACCUACCUGGCGGUGCGUCAGCAGCUGGAGCUGCCGUUCGUGGCGAGCCGCGUGCGCUUCAUGCCCUACUCGCAGCACACCAGGACCGUCUGCAUGCGGGUCGAGCUCUACGGCUGUCCCUGGACGCAGAGCGUGCUGAGCUACUCGGCGCCGCGCGGCGAUCGCUGGUCCCCGGAGCUGCGGCUGGAGGACCUCAGCUACGACGGCGGGCUGGACGGCCGCGGGGUCACGGCCGCCGGCCUGGGGCAGCUCGUCUUAUGUGCCGUCCAUUUGAAGCCCGUAGCACCGGCUUGUCGGCCUCUACGUGUGGACACUGAUGUGCUGUUUUCGUGUUGCCUGGCAGACUGGCGGUGGGUGGGCUGGCACAACGAGAGCCGCCACGGCCAGCCCGUGGAGCUGGAACUCCAGCUGGACGGCGCCAGGGAGCUGACGGCGGCGCGCCUGCACGCCCUCCACCGGCCCGACCACGGCGUCCAGUCGCAGCGCUCGACGCUGUUCGGGCUGUACCUGCUGCGUGUGUUCGGCCCGUGCAUCCCGGCACGCUACGGCGCCGUGCACCAGCAACUCGCAGGCGCUGGCGUCCAGCACUGGAAUCCAGCGCCCGCCGUCGCAGCUCCAGUACGUGCUGGCGCCACGCUAGCCCACUCCGACCUAGGAGUACGGGUCUUCUCUACUGAACUGGGUGUUCUCCAAGGUGGGAGCCAGCUGUGUGACUGUGCAGGUGUUCUCCAAGGUGUGAGCUGGCUGUGUGACUGUGCAGGUGUUCUCCAAAGCCUGAGGCCACUGUGUGGUUGUGCAGGUGUUCUCCAAGGUGUGAGCCCACUGUGUGCCUGUGCAGGUGUUCUCCAAGGUGUGAGCCCACUGUGUGCCCUUGCAGGUGUUCUCCAAGGUGUGAGCCAGCUGUGUGACUGUGCAGGUGUUCUCCAAGGUGUGAGCCCACUGUGUACCCUUGCAGGUGUUCUCCAAAGUGUGAGCCCACUGUGUGCCUGUGCAGGUGUUCUCCAAGGUGGGAGCCCACUGUGUGCCCUUGCAGGUGUUCUCCAAGGUGUGAGCCAGCUGUGUGCCCUUGCAGGUGUUCUCCAAGGUGUGAGCCCACUGUGUGCCUGUGCAGGUGUUCUCCAAGGUGUGAGCCAGCUGUGUGGCUGUGUGCAGGUGUUCUCCGAGGUGUCGGUGUACCUGAGCCUGGACGGGCGGCACUACCAGGCGGCACUGACGCGGCGCGUCGCCCCCCCGCCCGGCGAGCCGGCCGUCAACGUCAGCAUCUCGCUGCAGCAGCGCGUGGCGCGCUUCCUGCGGCUGCACCUGCGCUUCGCCGACCAGUGGAUGCUGCUCAGCGAGGUCUCGCUGGACUCUGUGGCCGUGCCGCGCAACGUGUCGGAGCAGAUGCUGGAGCAGAUGUUCUUCCAGCAGGACAACGCGCUGCAGGAGCCGGAGAGCCAGGACUCGCAGACUGCAGCUGUCGAGACGUCGCACGCCCGCAAGGAGGUCACGAAAGCGACGAGCGCGGCGGGCGCGCAGCAGGCGUACGUGGGGCUGGUGGGCGGCCUGCUGGCGACGGGGCUGCUGCUGGCGCUGGCGGGGGCCGCCGUGCUGGUGGUGCGCCGCGGCCGCCAGAAGGUGGCGCUGCUGGCGGCCAAGCCGUGCGGCGGCUUCUCGCCGGCGGGCGGCGGCUGCGCGGCGGCGGCGGCGGCGGCGCUGCCCCGGGGGGCGGCCGGGGGCGGCGUCUCGAUGCGCGGCCUGCAGCUGUCGACGCCGCCGGUGCUGGCGCGCGUGCUGGGGGUGGCCGGACACGCCAGGGUGGCCGCCGCCGCCCCCGCCGCCCCCGCGCCCCACGCCGCCGUCUGCAGCCUGUACGGCGGCCGCGGCGACGACAGCGCCAGCGCCAGCGGCAGCAACGGCGACGACAGCGAGAACUCGAGCGUGUACCACGAGCCCUACAAGCUGCUCUCCGCACAGCACGAGUACGGCUGCCUGCUGGCGCCCUCCAAGAGCCACGACUUCGCCGGUCACUUCCGUGUCGUCCUAAACUGCUGGGUCACCUUUCGGUGGACCAAAAUAAAAAGCGCGGAGGCGGCGGAGAAAUGUGCUGAUUGUCUUAAUGCGCUCAUCCGCGCUCGCUGCCGCUUAAUGAGUGACGGCGGGCUGCACCCGCCGCUUCUCGUUGCAGACUUCCCGAGCGCGAGCGUCAGCAGCUUCCAGGAGGAGGCGGCGCGCUUCGCGGGGGGCGCCACCGGCCAGCCGGAGAACUACUACGCCGCCACGGACAUCGUCAAGAGCGGCCGCUGCGAGCAGCACCUGCGGCCGGGGUGCUUCACGACGCUGCGGCUGCCGGGGGCCGAGCCGCCCGCGGACGGCCUCCACCUGCUGGAGUACCCCAGGCACCGCCUGCGGCUCGUCGAGAAGGUCGGCGAGGGCAGCUUCGGCAUGGUGCUGCUCUGCGAGGCGGACGGAGCGCCGGAGCUCAACGGGCUGACCAGCUCCCACAAGAAGAGGCUGGUGCUCGUUAAGUCCCUGUGGCGGGGCUGCAGUCAGCAAACCAGGGAGGAGUUCCUGCGCGAGUGUGGCUGGCUGUCCAGCCUUCAGGACAGCAACGUGUGCCGCACGCUGGCCGUCUGCUCGGCCGAGGAGCCUCUGUGCGCGCUGCAGGAGCACGGGGACCUGGGGGCGCUGCCCUCCGUGCUGCGCGAGCACACGCCGGACUCCAUCAGUUCGAGUCUCGGUCCGGCACACAGCUACGGCUGCCUCAUCUACCUGGCGACGCAGAUCGCGGCGGGCAUGAAGUACCUGGAGGGCCUCAAGCUGGUGCACCGGGACCUGGCCGCCAGGAACUGCGUGGUGGGCCCGGACUUCAGCCUGAAGGUGUCGGACCACGCCAUGUUCUGCUCGCGCUACGACCUCGACUACUACCUGAGCGACACGCAGACCAAGCUGCCCGUGCGCUGGAUGUCCUGGGAGAGCGUGCUGCUGGGCGAGUACUCGACCAAGAGCGACGUGUGGGCGUUCGGCGUGACGCUGUGGGAGACGCUGACGCUGUGCGCGGUGCAGCCGCUGGCGGAGCUGAGCGACCAGCAGGUGGUGGAGAACUGCAGCCGGUGGCAGCUGGACGACGGCCGCCAGCGCUGCCCCGCGCGGCCCGCAGCCUGCCCCCGCGAGCUCUUCGACCUGAUGGCCGAGUGCUGGCGCCGCGACGCCGCGCUGCGCCCGCGCUUCGCCGAGAUACACCUCUUCCUGCAGCGCAAGAACCUCGGCUACGGGCCGUCGCCGGCGCCCGGCUAG